AUGUACUCUGCUUUCUCUAUGAAAGAAUUAGGCCUUCUCAAUUACUUUGUUGGCAUUUCCGUUGCCUCUUCUUCUUCAAGCUAUAUUUUGUCUCAGCAGAAAUAUGUUUUCGAAAUCUUAGCUAAAGAUGGUAUGCGUGAUUAUAAGCCCUAUUCUUCUCCUAUAGCUACUAAGGUUGCUACUUCAAAGUUUUUAGAAAACCCUUUGAAUAGUCAUUUUGCAGCAGUUAAAAGACUUCUCAAGUAUCUCAAAGGCACAUUGAGUCAUGGCCUUCAUUUCACAACUGGCCCUCUUGUUCUUAAUGCUUUUUCAGAUUCAGAUUACGCUGGCAAUGUUCCUGAUAGGAGAUCCACUACAGGGUAUUGUGUGCUUCUUGGUCCUCAUUUAGUUUCUCGGUGUACUAAGAAGCAACCCACUAUUUCAAGAUCUUAA